AUGGCAAAGACAAGGAACACCUCUGUGAUCACUCCCUCGUCUCUGGGGCGCCUCCUCCUUGUUAAACUGGAAAAAGAGAAGUAUCUCUUCUUUCCAGAAGAUGAGUUGUUCUGUUCCACGGUAGUUGUAACGACACCUGAGAAGGAUGUCGUCCACUUCCCCUGUUACAGAUGGGUGUCCAGAGGAAAGGCUGUGGAGCUGAGAGGGGGAAAAGCCAGUAAAGCUUUUGAGGAUGAGCUUCCCUUACUGGUGGACCAUCGUAAAAAGGAGCUGGACCUUCAUCAGGGACUGUUUACGUGGAAAGCAUUUGCUGACGGACUUCCACAUUUGAACAGUGUCAAAGAACCCACAAAACUUCCUGUUGAACUUGCCUUUUCUAUUUCCAAGGAGGUCGAGACAACCUACACAAGAGAAUCAGGAAUGAUUGAGCUCAAAAUGAAGGGAUUUGCAGAUUCCAGCAAGACGUGGGAAGACUUGGAUAUGAUGAAACAAGUCUUCUGGUUCAAAAAGACACCCAUCUCAGAAUAUGUUUCUGAGCAUUGGAAGGAGGAUGAGUUUUUCGGGUCUCAGUUUCUAAAUGGAGCCAACCCCAAUGUUAUCCAGCGGUGCUCAGUGCUUCCUCUUAACUUCCCUGUCACUGACCAGAUGGUACAGCGCUUUCUGGAGAAAGGGAGUUCACUGGAGAUGGAAAUGAGAAAAGGAAACCUAUUCCUUUGUGACUACAAGAGGCUUCAGGGUGUGCCAACCUACGAGGUCAAUGGCAAACCACUGCCCCUCACUGCUGCCUUUUGUCUUUUCUACAAGAACCCAGAGGACAAACUGCUGCCUAUCGCCAUUCAGCUUAAUCAGCAGCACUCGGAGCAGAACCCCAUAUUUCUGCCUAGCGACUCUGAGAAUGACUGGCUGCUCGCCAAGAUGUUUGUGAGGAACGCAGAUUUCACUGAACACCAGUAUAGCUACCAUCUACUGGCCACUCAUUUACUGGCUGAGGUCUUUGCAAUGGCAACUCUCCGGAACCUUCCAAUCAUGCAUCCACUUUACAAGUUGCUGAUCCCCCACUUCCGUUACACUGUUGCAAUAAACACCAUUAGUUUUAAACAGCAUUUUGGAACCGGAGCUGGAACCGGAGCUGGAACCGGAGAAACCACUUUAGGAUUGGAAGGGUUGAAGGAACUCUUGAAAAGGGCACACUCAGAAAUCACCUACAGCUCUCUCUGUCUGCCCGAGAACAUCAUUGCACGAGGACUGGACACCAUCCCAAACUUUUACUACAGGGAUGAUGGCAUCAAGCUGUGGGACAUCAUCAAUACCUUUGUCCAGAAGAUGGUUGAGCACUUCUACCCCUCUGACAGUGAGGUCUCCAGGGACUCUGAGCUUCAGAACUGGAUUAAUGAGAUCUUCAUCCAUGGGUUUCUUGGAAACGUCCAGUCAGAAAUCCCCCAGGAAUUUCACACAGUAAAGCAGGUCAUCCAAUUCAUCACCAUGGUGAUCUUCAAUGUGUCUGCACAACAUUCCGCAGUCAAUAUGGGACAGUUUGACUACUGCAGUUGGAUAGCCAACAGUCCUCCAUUUCUACGUAAAGCUCCCCCUGCCACUAAGGGGAGCUCUACCAUGAGCACCAUUUUGGAGACACUACCAGAUGUUGGCUCAACAGUGAAAGGCAUGGCUUCCAUGUGGCUGCAAAGCAAGAGAUACUCAGACUUUAUUCCCCUUGGCUCAUACCCAGAGGAGUACUUUGACGAGGAUGAGAAAUACUUUGAUGUGACCAAGAAGAUCAUGAAGUACUUUCAGGCAGAGUUGUCUUAUCUCAGCGAGUCAAUUGAUGAAAGGAAUUCCACACUUACAAUACCGUAUAACUACCUAAACCCUGCUGAGAUGGAAAACAGUGUAUCCCUGUGAGUCAGUUUACUUCACCGUAGGACUAAGCAUCCACUAAUGCAUGCAAGCAGUGUAGU